UGGGUGAAAGAAAAAACCUACAGUUUUUGUUGCCCUAUAUGAACAUAGGCAAAACGUCAACGAAUCUCAAGGAACAAGCAAACACCCCUAAUGAUUUUGAAGAAGGAUUGGAAAGAAAAGAAGAUUCAAACGAUGAUUCAGAUGGUGAUAUGGCUGAAGAGGAAAAGGUUGCGGAAGGCCGUGAAAAGUUGCCGGAUGCCCAAGAGGUCCCUCCUAUGACAUCGGAAGGUCCGUCGACCAAACGCCGCAGCUCUUCUCCCGCCGAACGGUCCACCACAGCCGACAAAGCUAAGAACAGGAGUACUACCAAGACACUGAGGAAGGGCAAAAUGAACCAGUUUGAAGAAGAAGAGUUGAGCCUGCUGAAAAAACUUACAAACCCUUGUGAGACACCUGCAAAACUUAAUCAAGACAUGGACGAAAUGGACUCUCUCCUUCAGACUCAAAAGGCUGGAUAGGCGUUGUCAGAUGAUGGCAGUACACAAAAUCGAAAAUGUCGUGUUUGACAUCGAGUAUAGUGGUUUGUGUGCAGGCAUUGUUUUGAUCAUCCCACUCCACAAAGCAGUGGGAUGCUUCCACCAUCCGCCUACUUUCCUGCUGCCAGAUUCGAUACCCUAACAACAGGUAACCCGUUUCCCCAACCUCGGCACCAAUACGUUCCGGGGGUGCCUACUGCCCUUAAUAAACCCAACUUCCCCCAGUUUACAGUUUCUUCCCCCGAUACGCAAUAUUCAAAGGAUGACAACGCUGGCUAUGAGAGUUCGGAUAGGCCCUUCCAGUUAACCUCUUUGUGAGCUAUGACUUCAACUACUUGUUCUGUAUGUAUCAAACCUCCUUUCCUUUUGAAA